CACUGACGUUAGACUCAUCCGUUGAAGAAUUUCAGAGGAAGCAGAAUGCCAGAACCAGCAAAGGCGCCGAAGAAGGGCUCAAAGAAAGCCGUGUCUAAGACCGUCAGCAAGACCGGCAAGAAGAAGAGGAGGACCCGCAAGGAGAGCUACGCCAUCUACGUGUACAAGGUCCUGAAGCAGGUCCACCCCGACACCGGCAUCUCCUCCAAGGCCAUGAGCAUCAUGAACUCCUUCGUCAGCGACAUUUUCGAACGCAUCGCCGGCGAAGCCUCCCGCCUGGCGCACUACAACAAGCGCUCCACCAUCACCUCCAGGGAGAUCCAGACCGCCGUCAGACUGCUGCUGCCCGGUGAGCUGGCCAAGCACGCGGUGUCCGAGGGCACCAAGGCUGUGACCAAGUACACCAGCUCCAAGUAAACGCUCGGCUACAACAAAACAACGGCUCUUUUAAGAGCCACAAAUCUGACUCUGACGACGAAUUUACCCGUGUUUAAACCUUUCCGUCCAUAAAGCGUCUGAACAAUCGAUGGCGCUUGGGUUCUGUAUAACUUGCACGGUGUCAAAUUGAAUAUGUCACAAUUCUUUGUAGAACACGUCAUCAGUGACCGUGAGAAUGCCUGGCCGCAUAAUUAAAAUAGCUGUCAUACAACGUCAUUCAUCGUGGUACUAAACCAGAAAAGACCGCGACGUAAUUUCAUAAGACUACUUGAACAAACCACAAAUGGAAGCAAGUCAUUCUCUUGGCACAUUUUUCCUUAUGUAUUUUAUUUUUGGUGAUGGCAGUUGACGCUUCCAGAGGCUUUAUUUGAUUUUGGCGGAAAAUAGACCAAAGUUGUGGAGCUUUGAAUUAACGCAGAACAGUGACAUCUGGUGGCGCACUACAAGUAUAUAAUCUGCACAUGUACAAAAUAAAAAGCGUAAAACAAAAUGUGA